UGACUGCACUCCCCCUCACCUCUGUCUCCACCAGCUACCUGCACUCCCUCACCAGCGUAUCCCUCACCACUGCACAGCUGCCAAGAUGUCGAUGAAAGACAUUCUGAGUGGUGAUGACAUCAAGAAGGCCCUUGAUACAUUCAAAGCUGCAGACUCUUUCAACCAUAAGAAGUUCUUUGAGAUUAGUGGUCUGAAGGGGAAAUCAGCUGACGACGUGAAAAAGGCCUUUGCAGUCCUGGAUGUCGACAAGAGCGGCUACAUUGAGGAGGAUGAGCUCAAAUUCGUGCUGAAAGGUUUCUCCCCAGACGGCAGGGAACUGUCCGCCAAAGAAACCAAAGAAUUACUGGCAGCAGGGGACAAGGAUGGAGACGGAAAAAUCGGCAUUGACGAGUUCCUAGGCUUGGUGCACGAGUAACAGACACGGCCCUGGCCAGCUCGUGCUCUCCCCUCCCCCGCCCUCCCUGCUCCCCCGUCUCUGACUGCUGCCCACCUCAUGCCCCCCUGCUGCACCCCCUCGCCCCUCCCUCCUACCAAAGCCCAGCUCUCUCCACUCAAGUACGCUGGACUAGAGGUUGGACCUUGCUAGAGGGAGGGGGAACUGAGAGGGGGCACCCACUACAGUAGCAGACACUAACACUAUUUAUUUUCCUUUUUUUAUACAAAUAUACUGUAUAUGUAUCUGUUUAUUUUGAAAUAUCAAUUUGUUUCAUAUUAAGAACAUGUAGAUAUGUAACCAACACCUCUAUCUCCUCCCUCCAUUUAUUUUACUUUUUGUCUCUCUCCCACUCACGCCCCCCCCCCCCACCCCCCCCUCCACAUUCGCGCUCCCAUCCCGGGUUCCGUCCCACCCUCUCUCCACCUGUAAUGAGUUGUGAAAUAUGCUGACAGAAGAAGAUGAGGUCAAGCUGUGAAGAGAGAAAAGAACAAAAUGAACAAAUAAAUAACGCCUUCAGUA